AUGGCUCUCCACGACCUCGUCCAGUAUAUAACGACCUCUCCUACACUCGCCCUCCUUUAUGGUCUUGCUGUCUUCCUGCCCAUAUACGCGGUUGUUCACACUUUCGUUAUUCGCCCACUUCCGGCCAAUGCUCCACAAGAGAUCCGCGACAACUAUCCCAUAAGUGGCGCCUGGGGGUUCUGGAUGCGACGGUGGGAUUGGUACAGACAACGCAUUAGCCAGUCGCAGACAGGUCAUUUCUCUUUUCACGUGGGAUCACAUCCAGUGGUCGCAUUGUCGGGUGACAGCGGACGACAGCUGAAUUUCGAAAGCAAAGAUCUGGGGUUCGCCGCAGGGUAUGCGGUAUUGUUUGGCCAGACACCUGCCGUAGACAAGUAUGACGAUGGCCAUGGCAGGGACCAUGAUGUGGAUAACCAGUUCAACCGCCGCCUUAUAUCCCUGUUGAAGACCGAGCAUUUCCGUCGCAAGCUGCCCACCCUCAUCUCCGAUACACAAGAAGAAGUACGCAACACAGCAGCCAAGUACGCCCGUGAUCCCAACGCGCCGUUGCGCUAUCAGCUCAACGAUGUUCCGCUAGAUGCCUGGGAAGCCGAGUUCCCCAUCAUCGACAUGUGCUUGCGUGAUUCCAUUCGCUUGAACCUACUUGGCACAACAUUCAGGAAGAACACAAGUGGUCGCGCUAUUCCUAUUGGUGAUAGCAAGGAGGUCAUCCCCCCUGACGCGUUCGUCGUUUAUGCUGCUGGCGACAUCCACCUCAAUCCUGAGGUUUACCCUAACCCGUAUGAGUGGGAUCCAGCGAGAUAUACUCCAGAACGUGCUGAGGAUAAGAGAAAGCUUCACGGCUUCUUGGGUUGGGGAGCAGGUCGGCAUCCAUGCCUCGGCAUGCGCUUCGCAAAGCUGGAACAAAAUAUCAUCACCGCGUACUUCAUCGCUUCCUUUGAUUUCCAUCUUUGUGAUAAAAGCGGAAACCUUGUUCUGGAUGCCCCGAGAGUCGACUUUAACAGGCACUCAGCGCAUAAGCCGAAGAACCCGCCUUACUUGAAGGUGACACCGAAGGAGAAGUAG